CCCUUGCGUGUGAAGUGAGGGCCGGUGUUUACAGGUAGCUAGGUGGGGGGUUGUAAUUUGUAAGGAAGAGGUUACAGGUUAAACAAAAGGGAAUUCUUCUGGUGGAAGAAUAGGGCUCGGUGCUAGGAAUUAGUCGGCUUAGCAGGAAGGGCCCCGUUCCAGGCCCUGCCCACCCGACAGAAGAGGGGAUGGUGUCUUUAUGCAGAUUGGACUGGCGUCUCCCUGUGACCAUAGAAACCGAGCCCGUCCUCUUUCAACUGUGCCCCGAGGAAGGGCUAUUUAGCUCUGGUGCCCGAGGGGCAGCAGCACAGACCCUCCUCGCCUCGGAACUCCCCCGGCACGCAACCCCAGCGUCCAGCGGAGAUGGGGUGCCACUCCAGCAAGAGCAUCAAGGUGGCGGGGGAGUCCCAGAAACCCGGAGGACAGCCCGAGGGAGAGGAGCCAAAUCUGGAGGCCGGCACUGAAGCGGCAGAUGGCAAAGACGCCUCCUGGAAGGAUGGCACCCCUGAGCAGAAGAACUGAGAUGCCACUCUCUGGAGUCGGACCCACCCUCAUCCCUGGAACUGCCUUUGGCCAAAGAAACUCGAGACUAACCCCAUCCCGAGAAGCUCCAGUGUCGGAGGAGAGAAGAAGCCCUGCCUUUGGGAUUCAGGGUUCAGAAGCUGCCUCCAUCAGGCUUUGCUUGGGAACUGUGAGAAAGGUGAGGACACGGGGAGGCCUACGUCUCCAUCUCUCUGAGAGAGAGGGCGAAAGAAGUCUUCACACCUCCUGGAACUUCCCCAGAGCUUCUGGAGAUGGGCGAUCCCCACCCACAGCAGCCUGCUGCAGCUCUGGUGAAUCUGCUGCUGAGCUGUGACUGUCCAGGGAUGCUCCCCCCCCCCCCCAUGUGCCUCACUUUUCUGAACUCUGAAAACUCUGUAGUCAUAGUGUCGAUGCGGUGGUGUGGCCCUCAGUUUUGUUUUGCGGGGUUUCUUCCCCCAUCUCUCUCCUUUUUUUCCCAGUAGCUGGCUGUCUAGCCAAUAUCCCUAACUGGAAGGUUUGGGGUUUGGCUCACUCCACCCUGUUUGCAUGAAUGCUUUAAUAUUUAACUUGGAGAAUUGUGAAUGAGUUAUGGGAACAAUCAGGUUCAGACUGUGAUCAUGGCAGUGGAAGACAACGAGGCCUUGAUCAUCCAGUCAGCGGAACACUGAGUACUGGUGGGGAGGGAGGAGGAGGGAUCCGUGUUCCUGGUGUGUGAAUCCCCAGAAGAAUCUCCCUCUGCUGAUGUUCACGUGUCUCCUCAUAUCAAAAGUCUGUCAAUGUGAACCCUCUGGCGUCUGAGUUCUCUGUAUCCAGCCUUCAGAAAUAUUUCGCUGUUUACUAA